GGUGACGUGAGCUGCGGGUGGUCCCAAGGGAUGGGUGGGGGUGAGCUCCCUCCUCCCCCAGGCCCCUUUCCCUUCCCGGGGGCGCUUUCGGGGCGUUCCGGUGUCCCCGCAGCCCCGGGCCCGCGCGGUGUCCCCGCAUCCUCCCAGCCCCGGUCUCGAACCCGCGGCGCUGCGGGGCGGGGGAAGCCCCGCCUCUUUCCCCGCCCACUCGAUGGUUCUAGCUUUCUAUUGGCCGCUGUUCGUGCCAGUCAUUGCUGCCCCGCCUUUUGUUUGCACCGCCUCCUCUAAGUACCCCGCCUUCCGCACGCACUGAUUGGUCAGGUGUGAUGUCACUGCGGCCGCUUCUCUGCGUUCAUUGGGUAGAGCUGCUGUCCGUCACGCAGCUGAGGCAGUGGAGGCGUUGGCGGCCAUUUUGGAGCAGGGCGCGGGGCCGGACGCAGCGGAGGGAGCGCGGAGCCCCCCUCGCCGCCAUGGCAGCCCCGCUCGGUACCGGCGCCUUCACGGAGGAGACCGGGCGGGAGAAACAGGCUGCUGCGGAGCUCGGGGCCGUUUCCCCCGCCAGGGCCGAGCUCGAGGCCAAAUACCCCGGGCUGGGGCUGCGGCCGGGGGGGGCACAGUUCCUCCUGAGGAGGCUGCACAAGGGGCAAAAAUACUUUGAUUCUGGCGACUACAACAUGGCCAAGGCCAAGAUGAAGAACAAGCAGCUGCCAAGUGCAGGGCCUGACAAGAACCUGGUGACAGGAGACCACAUCCCCACGCCCCAGGACCUGCCCCAGAGGAAGUCCUCACUGGUCACCAGCAAGCUGGCGGGGUAGCUUCACUCUCAGCUGGGGGCUGCCCUCUUUUUGUCUCUUUUUUUUGGCUAAAUGGAUUGAACUUCACUGUACCAUAGGGAUGGGAGCACCAGAAUCCACGUAGUUGUUUGAGUCUUUCCAGCAAACACACCCCAAAGCUGAGUGGGGGCAGGGUUGGGUUGGCCCUUCCUCUCAAGAGAGGCUUUGCCUUAAUUUUGCUGCUGUUUGGAUCCAUCCUGGCUCCCAGAGCCACUGGAGCUCUGCCUCCUGGCUGGGAGAGCCCUGGGAGGGGCAGAGAGGGCUCGGGGGAGGCACCUGGAGGAGGGGAGAGGGCAGGGCUGAGGUGUGGGAAGGGAUUCCAGGGGUUGGGGUCACAGAGACUGAGCCAGCUGGGCAGGAGGAGUGAUCCCACAUCUCACAGGUGUGAUCCCAGAUCUGGAAAGAGUGAUCCCAAAUCUGGAAAGAGUGAUCCCUGAUCUGGCAGGUGUGAUCCCAGAUUUGGAAAGUGUGAUCCCAGACCUGGAAAUUAGGACCCCAGAUUUGGAAAGUGUGAUCCCAAAUCUGCCAGGUGUGAUUCCAGGUCUGAAGGCACAGUCAGGUGUGUGCUUUAGAGCUUCAAAGUGAUGAAAUUGGCUGAGAUGAAAAAAAUUGCAGGGGGUGUUGUUGAGCUGAGCUGCCUGGGAUCCGUCCCUGGCUCAGCUCACAGGGCACAGCAUGUCCAGAGGGUUUGGGAGAGGGGUUGGGCCGUGUCUGAAACAUCCCUGUGGUGAUCUGGGGGUAGAGCCCCACCACAGCUGCCCCGAGGGGCUUGACUGAAUUUGGAGAGAGGCAGGAGUGGCAGGAACCACCCAGAAAGGGAUAAAAAGCACCAGAGACAGGGUGGAAUUUGAAGGGUGUUGAGGCAAACCUGUGCUUUGAAAGUGUUGGGCAUCCCAAGCUUGGAUUUCUUUUUUAUCCCAUUUUUCUCCUUCUUGUGUUUUCUUUGUCUCAAGCCUGAGGAAAAAAGAAAAAAAACAAAAAAAAAACAAACAAAAAAAAAAAACAAAAACCCAAAUUAACACCAACAUCUCAACAAAAAGCCCCAAAUCUAACAGCUUUUUGCUGCAGCCCUGCAGAGCCACACAUGCCCCCUCCUUGUGCCCUGGGUGCCACUUUUCCAUGCAGUGGGAAGUGUGGGCACAGCUGUGCCAGGGCAUCCCAAAACCUGCCCCAGUUUCAGCCCCGUACUGGAGGCACAGGGGUCAAAGGAAGGGAUUCAGGAGUGAAGGAUGCCCGGGCAGGGCUUUCCUUCUGUGUGUUCCUGCUCACCUGGGUGUUCCCUGGGAACCUGUGUGUCACCUGUGUCACCUGUGUCACUUCCCUGGUGCUGCUUGGAGCAAGGUGUUGCUUCCCAGGAGUGUUUACCCAGGGUGUGCUGGAAUGUGUGUCUGCCUUCAGGUGGUUCCUGGAUCCUGCUGUGAGAAGCAGCCCUGGGGCUGCUCCUGGCCACUCUCUGGGGAAGGGACAAGGAGGGUGGUGGGAUUGGCACCUGCCCCUUGUCCCCACAGGGUCCUGCUCUGGCCUCCAGCACUUUUCCAGCCCCUGUGUGACCUGGUUGGGCAGUGGCUGCACACCCUCCUUGGAUGUCCUGCUGUCUGUCCCAGCCAUGUUGUAAAUAGAUACAAAUAUAUAAAAGUAUAUAUAAUUUUUUUACAUGUUCA